UUGCAUAUUGUAUAAAUAAGAAGCUAUAGACCAACUGAACGUAAAGAAUAUAAUGAAUAUGGAAAAGAAAAAGGUGUAGAGGAAGAAGUUGUAGAAGAAGAAGGAAGAAAUAAAAAAGAAAAAGGUGGAAAAAGAUCAACAAGAAAAAUCUGAAAAAAUAGAUGAAAAAAUAAAAUAAAAUAAAAAAGGAAAGAAAAAGAAUGAAAAAAUAAAAAAAGGAUUAAAAAGAAAGAUAUAGAGUGAAAGAAAAAUAAACAAAAAAUAAAGGGGAAAGAAUGAAAAAGGGGAAGACAAAAAAAAUAGAAUAAAGAUAAACAGAAAAGAAAGAAAGCAAGAAAAAAGAAAAAAAAAAAAUCGCGCCAGCCUUCUGCAUCGCCCGUAACGCUUUCCUCUCCCGUCGCAGGUUCCCGUGACAGCGUUCUUGUGCGGAGGGCGUCGGUCUCCUGACGAAGUGGACGACAUCUGCGUGCCGCGCUUCCUGGACCCUCUGCUCUUCACGGGGGGCAGUCCGGGAAGCCUCGACCCAGGGACCAUCAACACGCUCCUGCACCUCACCAACCUGUCCGACGCCAUCCCCCAGGCGGACACGGGGCCUUCCUACCUGGACUACAGCAACCCCAUCCACGUCCCCAGCGCCCCGGGUCUCGUGGCUCUCGCCUCCGUCAUAGAGGAGACCACGUCCUCCUCCUCCACGUCUACGGCUGCGUCUACUUCGACCGCCCCCACCACGGCCGCGGUCUCCGCUGCCGGAGAGGGCGUUGCGACCGUGGCGCCUACGGUCUCGCAGGCCGUGCGAAGCAACCAGAGCGAACAGCUGUUGUCCUCGUCCAACAUCCACACCGUGACGGGCGACACUCCCACCAUCUAUGCCGGCUCAGCUGGUCACACCGACGACAACAAGCAGCAGCAAACCGGGCUGUUCAGCGGCAUCAAGCUGCCCACGUUGCCCAACCUGAUCGAGUCCAUCACCAACCUCAACUUGCCUCAACUUGGCCUCAACGUCAACUGGGGAAACAUUCCUGUCAUUGGACGCCAAGACACGGGCUUUCUGGGCAAGUCGGGCACCCUGGGCAAGCCGAUGAAGGGCCCGGACGUCAGUGAUCCCAUCUGGGUUGAUGGGCCGUCCAGCCCCCAUCCUCUGUUCCCGAACCCUCCAUCGCCUCCACCGCCGAAGGAAGUGCCUCCUCCCUUAAUCCCCGACAAGAAUCCUUCACGAGGGCCGCAUCCUGUGUCUGGCCCUGGAGCGUCCUUUGUCUUCCCAACGAGUCAGGGGGAGCGUUUGCGUCCCGGAGUUCCUGGCGUGGUCGUUCCCGUUACUCGACCCACGAACAUCUGGGCUGUAAGACCUCAGCCCGGAGGUCAGCCCGGACGUCAGCCCGGAGGUCAGCCCGGACGUCAGCCCGGAGGUCAGCCCGGACGCCAGCCUGGACGCCCCAAGCCGGGCAGCGCCCAAGGCCCCGGCUCAGGCCAGCAGAAAAGGCCGCAUCAGGUGAGCUUCAGGCCUGGCAGCCCUAUCCUGCCGUCCGUCACAUACGUCGGCCCUGGACCAAAUUCAGGGACACCUUUUCUUCCCGGACUUUCCAUCAAGCAACAGGGUCGUCCACUCCCUGGGAGGCCCGGCACCCAGAACCAGGGACCUGGUCGUGUCCCCCUAACCCCGCCCCCUGUUUCCUCGGGGUCUUCCCCACCCGGGCAGGCCACAGGAACCACGUGGCCAGGGAAUCUCUGGUCGCAGCCUGAGGUCAUAAAUCCUGACUCCGGGGUUUCCCUCUACCAGCCCAGGGAGCCCUUCCAGCCCUACCAGCCCCACGACCCCAAUCACCCCAUCACGGUCGUCGACGCGCCCAACAUGUCGUCCAACCAGGGGGGGUCUCCAGCUGGCAUGCCCACGUCACCCCUCAUGCCCAUGGGUCCUCCCGUCCACACGUCACCGUCACCACCAGACAUGUCGCCUUCUGAGUCGCAGAUGGUGGCAGACGGAGGAAAUCCCGGGCCAGACGCCGAGGACCAAAUAUCUGGAAGGCCGCAGACAGGCUUUCCUCCACAAGAAAAUGUAAAUGUGGACUCCAGACUACCUGACGCCCUCCCUCCAUUCUCAGAUAGUUCCGGAAGAGGGAAAGGCAGUCAGGAAGUGGCAGAUAGUCACGAUGGCUUUGAAAUACCAGUCAGUCAACAGGAUCACGGAAUAUCAGUGAUCCACGAGGGCCAACAAAUACCAUUCAGCCAUCAUAGCCAACAUACACCGGAGAUUCAUGAGGUACAACAAAUCCCUGUCAGUCACCAAGGACACACAAAACCAAGCAACGACCAUGGCCAACGAAUCCCAACAAGUCAUACCGACCAAAUGCCAUUCAUUCAUCAGGGACAAAAGCCAACUAGUCAUCAUGAGCAGCAGAGCACAGGCAGUCCCAAAGGCCAACAAACACCAUUGUAUAAUGAAGGUCAGCAUACACCACCCCAACAAAACCCAGAAAAUCGCAACGAGCAGGACAGAAUAACGGAAGAAAAGCUAAACUUCCCUGUGGCGCCCACACAGCCAGCAGAAACUCAGCCAAGACCCGUGAGACCGACCGACAGUUUGCCAAGCUCUCAAGGACCAGUUCCUCCCAAGGAAUCACUGGACGACCUCAUCAACCUUCUGUACGCAGCUGAGGCCGAAAUUCAGCACCAGAUGCAGGGCACACUAGUCACAACGCCCUCUACCAACACGCCAGAUGAAACUCUACCGGUCAACCCAUCCAGUUCAGUUUCAUUCGAUUCCACAGCCAGUGCAAGUGUUCCUGACGUGGGGGUUUCCAUCAGGCCAGAGAUAACUCAUGUUCCUCCAGACACAGUCUCCUCCUCAACCGUCAGAUCUACAACUUCGACUACGAGCAAGAGCAUAUCCACAUCCACUACAACUCGCACUGCAACAACAAAGACAACCAGCACAACUCCCACGACAACAACCACAGCACGAGAAUCUAACAACAGACAGGAUCUCCCACCGGAUAUGGUCCCACCUCAGCUUGGCAAAGGAGUGACGGUCGUCCAGGAACGGCCACCCGAUUUUCACAAGGAAUCUGUCGAACCCAACCAAGUCCCUCCAACUCUACAUCCCGAGGACCAUUCACAGCCCGAGAGUUUUCCACCCGACGGAGAGAGAGAACCAGGUCAGCGCAUCCCUGAAUCCGAAAAUACGAACCUCCCUCCGUCGCUAAACAACCCUUCCUUCACCGACAGCAUUCCAACAGGCUCUCAGACGGCUUCGAGAUACAGACCAGGCGUCGUCUUACCCGUAGAUAAGUCGGGUGAGCCACUACCCGGUGUCCGAGCCCGCGUGCCGCCCAACAACACCCAGAUCAGCCCCAGCAGGAGUAUCGGGCGGGGAGGCGUCCCGACGAUCGAGCGCGUGGAGCAGCCGAGCCACCGACAACACAGCGACAAAACGGCCGUCGUCCAGGGCGUCGACCUGCCGGAGGAGAACAUCAGCGGCGUUCCUGAAGGGAAGCAUAAACCACCCAUACCGAAUACGGAAUUUGAGACGAGCGAAGUUAACGCAAUUGACUGGUAUUACAGCAACUACUUCAGGGAAUAUGACCCUUAUGCUAAUCUGCCCGUAGGAGGAAAUGAGCCUCCCAGUGGUGCAUCGACGGCGAAUGUCAUGUACAGCACAGUAAUCCUCUGUAUGAUUACACUAUUUUAUAACCAAGGUCAUUUAUUGUGAAAUGACAUACUAACCGAUUAGGAAACUUGUUACGUUUGUUCUUCCUAUUGUUGAUAAUUUAUAUUCAGAUUAAUAUAUAUUUUUGUUACGGCAAAUGCAAAGCAUUGUUUUGCGUUUAUCAUGUGUCCAGCAAUGAUUACGUAAGUGAAAUGAAUCCACAGUGAGACAAAAUGAAAAUGCUACAAACUGUAGUUCGACUACACUGUAUUGUGAAAAAUCUCGUACUUUAAGGUUCACGAAAAGUUACAUUACAAUGACUUAUUCCAGAAAUUGUUUGAAUUCUGAAUUGUGAAUUCUGAUUGCACCUUUACUCGUAGAAUAAUACCAAAAGCCAUAUUAUAUUUUCCAAUAUAAGUAGAGGUUUAGCACUUAUUCAAGUAGUUAAAGUUUUACAUCAAGAACAUCCAUAAGGAAAAAAAAAUGUGAAAUACAUUCCAUUUAAAACUCCCAUAGAAAGCAUCGUGUUUAUAUGUAUUUAGAUGUUAGGGUUAUAUAAGUUACAUAACCUAAUGUUUUCCUACUUGUGUAUUAUAAACUACUGAAAUAUAUGUAGAUAAGUGAAG